AUGGAAAAUUCCACGAUGAAAGACCUCAUGGCCGGGCCUGGCAUUCGCCAAGUCACGCAGCUCCUCCCAGCCGACGAAAUGGAAACACGACUUGAGUACAUUCAGAAGAUAGAGAAGGGUCAAAGGGCCUUCCGCAAGAACCCUAGCUGGGGAUUUACGCCAUAUCAAUAUGCCACGCUGGCUUUGGUCUUUCUUUCUUCUGGUCUGGGAGCUACAGACAAAACUUGGAAUAUGAUCUGCUUGUCACCUCAACUCCAAACGUGGUGGAGUCACGGCUACUUCGGCCUCAAGUAUCUCGGACAUGAGGAUGACAAAGAAACGGGUAUGAGCAUGGCAGAGCUCCAGUUCGUAUGGAUGCCACACAGCCAUUACGACGAAUCGACGAAGCGAAUCGACUUGAAUGAGGAAAAGGAUAAGGCAAGAAACAUACGAGUCUGCGUUGAACAUAUGUUCGGCGGGGAACCCCCCUGCUCGCCUCAAUGCGGCCGCUGUACGGCUAUUAGCAAAGUCCAGGCACACGAAGUGCGAGAGCGCUAUACGAUCGAGUCAGGAUACGUCUUCCCAGUAGUUCGGAGGACCGAGGAUAUUCAAAAGUUCAAGGCCAUGAUCCAGCUCCAAUGGGCUGCUUUUUGUGUGGGAUCAAUGUCAGGAGCGGCCAACCAUCCCAAGCUCCUGGAGCGGGUCUAG